AUGGCCAGAAAACAGUCCCUGAAUCAUGACAACGAGCUGGCCACCUUUGUCAUUGGCAUCAGCAACAUGACCCUGAUCAACAUCUUUGGGGAAAAUCCCUCAGAAAUGCAGGAUGUUCUUCAGAUCACUGUGCAGGCUUUUCUGAGGAUGAAGGAGGUAAAUCUUUCCCCAAGCUGCCUUUUUGUCCAUCAAAAUGUCGGAGAAGUUACUGCCAAGGAGCAGAACCUGGAGAGACAAAGAUAUUUUCAGGAGAAGCUGGAUGAAAUGACUGUGGUAGCUGCCCAUCAGGAAUACUGUGACAUCUCCUCCUUCAGCGACAUCAGCCCCUUUGAUGUGAACACCCACGUUCACUACUUUGCUCAGCUGUGGGAAGGAAACCCCCCCAUGGCACCACCCAACCCCACCUACAGCCACAAUGUCCAGCAAUUAAAGAGGAAAAUUCUCCAGGCUGCCAAAGAGGAGCCACAAGGCAGCAUUUUGAGGCUCUCAAGCCUGAAGGUUCGUAUUGGUGACCUCUGGAAUGCUUUGCUGAAUGAGAACUUUGUUUUCAGCUUCAAGAAUUCACUGGAGAUUGCUGCGUACAGGAGACUGGAAAGUGCCUUUAGUCAGUGGACCUGGAGGCUGAGGAGCCACAUCUUAGAGGUACAAAUGAGACUCGACAAUAAAAUUCGGAAUGGGGACUUGCAGGUAGUCACCAGAAAACACCUUGAAGGGCUCGUGCAAGAGACAAGUGAUGCCAUUGUGACAGACAUGGAAAAGUAUUUCAGGGAAGACAAAGACUGUGAGAUACUGGUCCAGUGGAAAAGCAGUACAGAGCUGAAUCUGAAAAACCUAAAAGAGAGUCUUCUUCUUGAAACUGCAAAGAAAUGUGAGAGUCUCAUUGAACUGCAGAAGACGCAGAGGAAACUGGAUGCAAGGAAGUCAGAAUAUGAAGAUGAGCUCCUGAGAAGGAGCAGGGCGUUGGCUCUGACUCUGAAAGGCAAGAGCCUCAGUGAGAGAGAACUGAGAGACAACUUUACUGCUGUCUGGGACAAGUGGAUUGAUGAAGUCUCCUGUGCUACUCCCCCUCCAAAAAGGGUGGAUAUUGAUGCAGAUAUAGAAGAGGUCCUUCUGGAUCACUUUAAGGGGCCUGGUUUUCGUGCACGGAUCAGGUCAUUUCCCAAAGACGGAGAAUUUUCUUUGGACUUGAUCAAACAUAUCACAAGGAAAUAUUAUCUUGACGAGGAUGUGGAUAUCAUUAUCUUUUCUUCUAGGAAAAAGUUUCAGGGUAUCACAGACAACAUCAUAAAGUGUGUGAGGACAAACAUUGAUCAGAAGGAACAGGAGAAAAUGGAUUACAGUCAAGAUUUUUUUCAUGAAAUACUCAAUGAAGUACAGAAAGGUGUGAACUCCAUCCCUAGCUAUCUACCAUAUGCCUUUAGCAGAAAUUACAGCCUAGAAUUAUCUGUGUACCUGUGCAGAAUGGCAGGCAAAAGGUUUAAAGCCAUGCACGAAGCAUUCCAGAAGGCAAAUGACCCAGUCACAUACCUGAGCAACAAGAGAGAGUAUUUCUUCACACAGUUCCGUUUUUCCUGCCAAGGAGCCAUUUCUGUCACAGCUUUUGCUGGUUUCCUUCGUGACAAGAUUGCCUUACCUCUCUUCUAUGCUGUCUUUGAGAGGACAGCUAAAGCCAUAGCUGGAGACAUGCAGGGGAGAUUCCCAGAUUUCCAAGGCAACAGAGCAAAUCUGGAGGUUUGUGUCCUGAGAUUCCUGGCACAAGAAGAAAAUUUUGAGUAUUUCAAGCAGUACCUUAAUACCCCAGAAGAGUUUUUUCAGAGGUACAUUGAGAAAUGUGUUAAGAGUUACUGUUUAGAUGAGCACAGGAGGCUGGAGAAGUUUUUAGCUUCCUCCCUUGAUCUUCUCUAUGAAAACAUCCUGUCAGCUGUUUCUUCAUCUACUGAAAAGGUGAAAGACAGAAAAGACAGAGAGGGCAAAACCUCUGUGUGGCUGGAUGAAUUUUGCUGGGAACUGAGAGAGGUGAUCAACUUGCCCAGAAGUGACCUGAAGUGCAUUGAGCAUCAGGAGAUCACAGACAUGGAGUUACUGAACAAAGCCAUGACAGAAUCACUGGUUGCCCUGAGGGACGAGCUCAAGGGAAAAUUUGCUGCUGCUGAUCUGAGCUGGUUUGAAAGGCAGCCUCACACCAUCCUGGCGGAGCAGUUUUCGGGAUGCUGGGAGCAGUGUCCCUUUUGUGGGGCUGUUUGCACGAACACCAUGCGGGGACACGAUGGGGACCAUCAGCUUGUCUUCCAUCGACCAGAAUUUUUGACAGGACGGAAGUGGCGUAGAGCGGAGCACCUAGUCAUUGAUAUUUGUUCCAGCAGCAUUGCAAGUGACUGUAAAUAUUCCAAGUGGAAGAUUCUUCCUGAUCCAUCCAUGCAAGCGUACUGGAAAUGGUUUGUGUGUCAUUUCAGAAAAGAUCUAGAAACCUUGUACAAUGGGAAAUUUCAGGGCAAAGGAGAAAUCCCUGAGGCCUGGAAGAGCAUUACCAAGCAGGAAGCACUUGCCGAGCUGGACAAGCGUUAGACCACAUAGAUGGGAAGGAAGAACCUCCACGGCUUUGCAGUUUAGAAGAACAGAGUACAAGGCUGUCCAUAAAAUGCUGCUUCAGUGCUUACUCUCUCAAGCCACAUGAAGACAAUAGUAUCCAACUGCUCACAAAUUUGGGUGAAAUAAGGCACGUUACUCCAGCCAUCGCUCAGAAACUCCUUUGCUCCAUGAUAGACCAGAAUCUGCUUCGCUCCCUGCCGUAAACAUUUCCCUCUGCUUUGUCCUUGAGCAAAACAAAAACGCUUCCUUGAGUGAUCAGUCCCAUGGCUAAGAUGGAGGCCACGUUCCAGGGGGAAAUCAAAGGCAGCACUAGGAAGCACCAACCUGAUGAGCUGCUUCAGUGUAAUCCCUUGGAGGCUUUGGUAAUGAAGGAGCUGGUUUGGACCGG